AUGGUUGAUAGAGAGAAAUCGAAACAUGCUCGUUCGGAGAAAUCAGAUAGGUUUAGCGAAUUACCAGAUCCAUUGAUAUCUCAGAUACUUUCUCACCUUCCCACAAAGGACGCUGUGAAGACGAGCUUCAUCUCCACCGCUUGGAGACCUCUCUGGCUUUCGAUUCCUCAAUUAGAGCUCGAUUCCAGAGAAUUCGCAGAUUUAGGUUCCUUCGUGAAGUUCGGUGAUAGGUUUUUCGAUCUCGCCAGGACUUCCUCCGUACACAAAAUCAACCUAACUCUCGAUAGCAACGAAGACGAAGACGACUCUUAUCUCGCUUCAUGGAUUAAUGCUGCAGUCAAGCGCAAGAUCCAACAUUUACAUGUUCGUUGCUCUUCAGAGAAGCGUCUCUACGAGAUUCCCAAAAGCCUUUACAUUUGUGAGACAUUGGUGUCUCUAGAGCUCUACAAGAUGAAAAUGGUUGAUGCAGAGGCUUUCUCUUUGCCUUGCCUCAAGAUUCUGCAGUUGAAGCUUAUAUGGUAUCUCAAUGAGACGACUUUCGAGAGACUGGUCUCGUCUUGCCCUCUUCUUGAGGAGAUGAAGAUCUUGGUGGAUUUGAGUGAUUUGAAAUGCUACCGAGUGAAGUCUAGGUCACUGAAGAAGUUCUUCUUCGUACGAACUUCUUCUCCUUCCCUGCGUGGCUCUGUCUCUGGAGUUGUGAUUGAUGCUCCUCUGCUGCGUCUCGUGUGCAUCUACGAUAACGUAUCGGACAGCUUUCUUGUCAACAAUCUGGAGCACGGUGCGAAGCUAGGUCUUGCUCUCGACUUCGGUUUGAAAGAUCUCGACGCAGCUGGAGUUUCGUCGAGGAGAAACCGCGUUCGCAGUUUCCUUCCCGGGAUCUCCAAGGCCAGUUCUAUGACCAUAGAUGCAGACACUUUCAAGCUCAUUCAUGACUAUUCGGAAUCAGAAUCGCUGCCUCUGUUUCGUUACAUGACCCGCCUCUCUGUGACUCUCUGUGUAUCCAAUUUGAAUGGUUUGCCAAGUUUUCUUGAGAGCUGCCCCAACUUGGAAGUACUCAACGUGGCAUUGAAUGAUAACGAGGAGAUGAAUCAGAGCAGUUUCUUUGCACCGGUUGUUCCUCCUGAGUGUUUGUUGUCGUCGCUCAAGGUUGCUGAUUUGGAUAUACCAAUCUCUGGAUAUGCUGCAGAAAUGAAGCUGGUGAAGUUCUUUCUAGAGAAUUCACCUGUCCUCAAGACACUCGCUCUACAUGUGAAGUAUCCUCCUAGUUGUAGAUUAUGA